ACUCCCAUAAUUUCAUCAAAAUUACACAAACUCCAAAAUGAACACAUUCUCAAUUCUCCUAGCUCUCUCCAUCACCAUCCUCCUACACUUGGCGCAAUGUCACAUCAUUGAUGAGCACACCGACCUCGAUCUGGUCGAGCUCGAGCUCGACCAGAAAGCUCUGAAGCUGAAGCAAAGCCGCUUCCGCGUCUAUUGGCACGACAUCCAAAGCGGGAACCACCCUUCAUCGAUGCCUAUCGUGAAGCCCGUUACUAAAAUGGGCUUCGGGCAAGUCAACAUGAUGGACAACCCGCUAACCCUUGGGCCCGAACUGAGCUCAAAGGCCGUGGGAAAAGCCCAAGGGUUCUACGGGAUGGCUUCGCAAGAGGAGCUCGGGCUAUUGAUGGCUAUGAACUUCUUCUUCACAACCGGGAAAUAUAAUGGAAGCUCAAUUACUAUUUUGGGAAGGAAUGCUGUGUUUGAUCACGUGAGAGAAAUGCCCGUUAUUGGCGGUUCCGGGCUUUUUCGGUGGGCCCGUGGCUAUGUGCAGGCCCGAACCCAUGAUCUUGUUCUUAAGAGUGGGGAUGCCACGGUUGAGUACACUAUUUAUGUGAUGCAUUAUUGACUAAUUUAAAUAACAUCUUUUUUUUAGCAAAUUUAUUUUACGUUGUAGGGUGUGUGUUAUGAUUAAAUUAUGCGGAUUUUCAAAUGUUUAGUAUCUUGAGAAUUUGAUUUUUAUUGUUAAGUGUGAUAUGGUUGGUGGGUAAAUGCAUAAUGGGAUUUUGUGGCCCGUUUUGCUUAAUGGAGUUUCUUGGAAUUUUCUCC